AUGUUUUGGACGGGCGUGAGAGGGGGCGGGCGAGCAUUGAGCUCUAGUUCCUCGAGUGUCGUCAGAGCGUUUGCAAACGUGGACACGGAGAAGCUGAGCGGAGCUUCGCCCCACACUGUCCGCAAUCUCGUAAACGGCAAAUGGUCGGGGACCCGUGAGACCUACGACGUGGUCGAUCCGUUGAACGGUGAAGUCUUCAUCAAAAGCCCAUGUACGAAAGGCGAUGAGCUCGAGCCGUUCAUUGCGUCACUGAAAGCGGUGCCGAAAAGCGGUCUGCAUAACCCACUGAAGAAUCCGGAGCGCUACGUCCUCUAUGGCCAGGUCCUUCAGAAGACUGCCGCCAUGUUGCACGACGAGAGAGUCUUUGACUUCUUUACGAGAUGUAUUAUGCGCACCUUUCCCAAGAGCUACGCACAGGCUGCCGGUGAAGUGCGUGUUGUGCGGGCCUUCUGCGAGAAUUUUUCCGGCGACGGGAUCCGAUUCGUCGCUAGGGGGUUCAGUGUGCCUGGCGACCAUCACGGCCAGAUAUCAAACGGCUUUAGGUGGCCAUUCGGUCCGGUUGCCGUGGUCAGCCCGUUCAACUUCCCUCUGGAGAUUCCGGUGAUGCAGUUCCUCGCUGCUGUCAUGAUGGGAAAUAAACCUUUUGUGAAGACAGAGGCUACUCAAGCGCUUCCUGUAGAACAACUCCUCAGACUCCUGCAUUACUGCGGGAUGCCAAUGCAAGAUGUCGACUUCCUAAACACGCGCGGGCCUAUUGUCUCCGAGCUGCUCACCAAGGCGCCAGUCCGUCUGCUUCAGUUCACGGGUAGAGUGGCGAGCAAACGUGAUGCCGGGUUUGCGGCUGCUGAAACAAAGGCUGGCAAGAAACAUGAGAGUAUGAGGUCUCUGCCUGGUGAAUGCGGUUUUUUCACAGGAGGAUCGGCGACAGCGGAGCACCUCAUUCGCCUCAUGAAAGGCCGCGUUAAAGUCGAAGACGCAGGCUUCGACUGGAAGAUCCUCGGACCAGAUGCGAAGCCUCAAGAUCUCGACUACGUCGCUUGGCAAUGCGACCAGGAUGCCUACGCGCUGUCAGGGCAGAAGUGUUCGGCGCAAUCUCUGCUAGCUGUCCAUACGUCCUGGAAGGAGCUCGGUUUGCUGGAAAAGCUCAGGAGCCUGGCAAGCAGACGGAGCUACGAGGAUCUCACUCUAAGCCCCGUUAUGUCGCAUUCCAAUGAAGGAAUCCAGAAACAUGUGGAUGCCCUUCUGAAGCUGCCAAACGCCUCACUUCUGUUUGGAGGAAAAGCCGUAAAGACAGCUCAGACUUCCUCCAUUCCGUGCAAGUAUGGGGCGUACGAACCGACUGCGGUGUUUGUUCCUCUUACGUCGAUGCUGCUGAGCCAAGAAAACUUGGACCUGGCGACAACAGAGCUCUUCGGACCUGUGCAAGUCGUGACGGAGUGGCGAACGGGAGACGAAAAGGAUCUGCUCCGUCUGAUGGAAGGCAUGAAGCUCCACCUGACAGCUGCUGUCGUCGCGAGAGACGUCGAGUUCCAGAACCGAAUCCUCGCCAACACCGUCAACGGCACCACCUACGCAGGCAUCCGCGCGCGUACCACGGGCGCACCGCAGAAUCACUGGUUCGGACCGGCAGGCGAUCCUCUCGCUGCCGGAAUCGGAAGCCCUGAAGCUGUUCUUUGCACGUGGACAUGUCAUCGGGAAAUUGUUUUCGAUCACGGGCAGAUCCCGGAGUUUUGGACAACUCCGCCACCAUCCUAA